AGAUAAACCUCAACGUGAUUCGUGGAAUUUCUGGUAGAAAUCUUAUACUUUAGUAAUUAUUUUCCUAAUAAUCGUCCAAUCAGAAUCGGUGUUGUAAGUUGCCUCCUUGGAAAAGGAAGUCAAGUAGGCUAACAAAACAAACACACCCAAGCAAAGCAAUAAAAAAAAAGAGAAACAUAACAGAAAAAAAUAAACAAAAAGGAAAGAAAGAAGAGGAAAAACAAAGCAUAUUAGACUCACAUCACACAGUUUCAUGCAUCACUGACGUUUAGUGUGUGAGACGGGGGGAAGAAGAGCAAGAUGUAUGUUGUAAGACUCAUAACAUAACUUGACAUAUUCAGGGAUUACAUCGUCAAAAAGAAUAAAUAACAAUCAAGGGAUUUUAAUUGAGAAAUUCCGACGGAGACUCAAAACGACGACAGCAUCGAGGGGGAGAAAAAAAAAACAAUUAUAUUUAUAUAUUUCUUUUAAUUGUUAUUACCAUAAGGAAAGAGAGAAAGUAGACAAGAUGUCGACUUGAACCAAGGCAAAGGUACAUUGGAAAGAAAAAAUAUGUCUUCGAAGAAUGGGGUGUCGUCUCCGGCCAGUGGCGACCAGGAUUACAACAGAGGCAGUGGCGGCGUGGAGGAUGAGGACAGCAGGCGACGUAAAAACCCCAUACUGCAUGUUAUUGUGGUGGGGUUUCAUCACAAGAAGGGCUGCCAGGUUGAAUAUUCCUACCCACCUCUGAUUGAAGGUAACUCAGUGGACAGUCAUGAACUACCCGAUGAGUGGCGCCACCUACCAUCACUUGCUCUCCCUGAUGGUGCACACAAUUAUACUAAAGAUACCAUAUUCUUUCAUCUCCCAUCCAGAGAUGGUGAAUACAGUACUGUAUAUGGUGUGUCUUGCUACCAGCAGAUGGACUCAAAGGACCUGAUCACCAGAUCGAAGGAAGUCACCAGAAACACUGUACAGAAAAGUGUGUGUGUACUUAGCAAACUGCCCUUUUAUGGAUUAAUCCAGACCAAACUGGAAUUAAUUACUCAUGCCUACUUUGACGAGAGAGACUUCAGUAAAGUGGAACUGCUCAUUGACACAUACCGCAACCUCAGUACAUUGCUGACAGACAGCCAGACUGACAGCACCAAAAUCUACCUCGGUCUUCCUGCUCGGGACCUCGUUAUACUUUAUCGUCACAAGAUCCUCAUUUUAUUUAAACUCCUUCUUCUGGAACGACGGGUACUAUUUACAGGGAAACCAGUCCAAGAGCUGUGUCGAACUAUGUUAGGUGUCAUGUCACUCUUUCCAGGUUUAAUAGAAUAUGGCCUGAAGGAAUCUGCCUGCUAUUCCCCUCACAGACAAAUCUCACCAACAUUAAAAUUUCACCAAAUGGAAUCCGACGACGGAUUCCUAGAGGUCAGCUACCACAAAAAUACCAACUGUGAUAUUCCCAUCCCCCCUAGACCACCUUCAAGAACCACAAGUCUAGCAUCCGAGCCAGAGAAUCAGACGAUAGUCCGUGACGAGAAUGACGAGCCAGAUUUACCGUGCAGUCCAUUCAGAUCAGCACCACCACCCUCAUCAGACACAUUCCCUGCAACUGCAAUGUCUCUGGCAUGCAGUACUGAAGCUGGAUCUCAGAAAGACAUGACCAUUGCGAAAGACACCAAUGCUUCACAUUCAAGCUCUGGUAUAUCAACUGUUUCAUCUGUGACAAAAAUGGAACUUGAUGCCACAGAGAAAGAUUUGUUAAAUAACAACAAUCAGAACUGUAGAAUUUCCUCCCAUGCUGAUGGAUCUUCAUCUCCUGUCAUCAGUAGGGGUGAAUUACAUGAUCACACAACAAAGACCACUCUAGGUCACAUGGUUGCAGAAGACAAUUUGCUCAAAGACCAAGGGAAGACUCGCUCCUCAGAGAGGCGCCUCAAGGUAGACCUGGAGGUUGAUGAAAAUGAAACCUUAUCUGAAGACCUGAAACGAAGUGAGAGCAUUGAAGAACUGGACUCUCCAGAGUCAAUCAGUAAAAUUGAUCGAGAGGAUUGCUUCUCAUGGGAGGAAGACCGUAUUGUCCUUGAAAUAAAUGAUGAACAUGAUCCAAAGAGUGAUUGCGAAAGGUCUCCGUGCCUAGGGUCAAGCAAUUCCACUGAUCCAUCAACUGCUACCACCACCACUUCCACCACCAAUGUCGUCUGUGAUAAAAAUGCCAGGCCACAUAAGAUUGAGGCUAUUUCUGAGCUCCCUGCUGACACAGCUGGACUAAUACAUCCCACUGCUGACAGUUCCUGCGAGAUGCCAUUGAAAAAUUCAUCAACUACGCUGACACAAUCCAAAGAAAACACUGCUGACGAUCCACUUCUCCCAUCUGAAGAUUCCCACCAGGGGUCAAAUAAAAAACCCUCAUCUUUGAAUAUUGAAAGCAAUUCCUUCGAGGAUGGUAUAGCCAUGACAACAACACUUCAAGCAGAUGAAUAUGGUCUCCCUUUGGCGAUAUUUUCCAAGGGCUGCCUCUGUCAUCCCUAUCUCUCACUGCAGUUCUUUGAUCUCCUUGAAGAUGUAAAUGUGCGGGGCUUUGUAAUCGGUGCCACAAAUAUAUUGUUUAAACAGCGCAAACACCUCACUGAUGUCGUCGUAGAGGUAAACGAUGGACGAAUCGACUUCCAUGACAAUGAAUUGAAGAAACAGCUGAAUCUAACCACAACAGAUUUGAGGUUUGCAGACUACCUCGUGAAAAUUGUCACCGAAAAUAAAACCCUUUUCCUUGAUGGUACAGAGUGGGAAGGAGGAGACGAAUGGGUGAGGCUACAGUUCAAGGAUUACAUCUUGUCCCUGCUCGCCAGCACACAUAAUGGAGAUGAGAAGCUGAUGGAAGACUUCAACUUGACCUUUAUCCAAGCUUGGAAGACAACCCAUAACUACCGAUUGUGGCACAGCUGUAAACACCCUCUUAUCGAGUCGGUCUCGCAGUCACAUCCAUUCCAAGGGCAUUUGAAUAUGAGUGAUCUUCGUGUGCGGUUGUCACACACCAUGCAGAGCACAGAGAAGGGUAAGAAACUAAAUGCUGCUGUGUCCCAAACCGGGAAAUAUGUUGUACAGACUGGCAAAGUAUUUGGUGGCGCCAUCACCUCUGCUAAGUCAGCCAUGAGCUCAUGGUUCAGCAGUUUUACCACAGACUGGAAACACCCUGAAAAGGAUGGAACAGAUGAUGAUGAUGCUAACUGUGAUAGGGAAGAAGACAGCGAUGGAAACGGAGAUGCUGAUGGUGAUGGUGAUGAUGAUGGUGCUGAUGAUGAGAAUGUUAGUGGCAAAGAUGAUGGUGAUGAUGCUGGCAGUCAACAUGACUGAAUCUCUCUCUCUCUCUCUCUCUCACUCACACACACACACAUUCUCUUUAUUUUUCUCCUCCUGUCUUCAUGCUUUCCCCUUUCUCUUUUUCUUUAAACACUCUAUUCUCCCUCUCAUCAUCACUUACCAUCUCUCCCUCCAACCUUCUUCCAUCUACAUACACACUCAACACACACACAUAUUCAAAUACCUUACAAUGUCCAAUCAUAUUUUGGCAUUGUCUAUACAAAAAUAAAACUUCCAUUUUACCCUUACCCAUAAUCUACAAGAUGCAAUUUCAUAGCCAAUGGCAGGUUGGAGAUCAAGGGUCAGUGUGAAUUUGCAACCUUUAGUGCUAGAUAUCUGGCCCAAGUCCCAGUUAAGGGUGAGUUCUAUGCUACGUUUGAUAAUAAUAACUGUUAAUAGCAAUCAUCUCUAAAUAUCACAAGACAGGUUCUUGAAGCAAAGCCAACCAGCUGGAGACCUGGGGCAAGAUGGUUGGAUUAUAUCCGUAGUCACAGCUGGAAAGUGUAAUGAUGGUUGCCUCGGGUAGGACCCCAUGGAAGAAGUGCCUAAGGACUCAACUGCCACCCAGCAAUUAGUGGGAAGAGAUAAAAAAAAUGGUCACAAAUUUUUGGUAGAUGGGUGAGGGUGGGGGGAAGUGCGAUACGGUUGAUUAAAUCAAUCGACACAGUAUAUGACUGGUAUUUACUUUAUUCAUACCCUACCCCCGCUUUUUACUUUAUUCAUAUCCCACCCACACACCCACCUCAACUCUAGAAAUCCAAACAGCAAAGGUGACAUCGACUGGAUUUGAACCAAGAAUGUAACGGGAUAUAUUUAAACGUGAAUUCUGCCAUUUGCCACCUUAAUAAUAAUAAUAAUAAUAAUAGUAAUAAUAGUAAUAAUAAUAAUAGUGAUAAUAAUGGUUUCAAAUUUGACACAAGGCCAGCAACUUUGGAGGUGAGGAUAACUCGAUUACUUUGACCCCAGUACUCAACUGGUACUUAAUUUAUUGACCCUGAAAAGAUGAAAGGCAAAGUCAACCUCGGCGGAAUUUGAACUCGGAUCAUAAAGAUGCCACUAUGCAUUUACCUGACAUGUUAAUGAUUCUGCCAGCUCGUCACCUUAUUAAUAAUGAUAAUUAUUAUUAUUAUUGUUGCUGUUGUGGCGUGCAGCUCAGUGGUUAGAGCGUCGAGUUUACGAUCGUGAAGUUGUGAGUUCGAUUCCUAGACCGAGCUGCAUGUUGUGUUCUUGAGCAAGACACUUUAUUUCACGUUGCUCCAGUUCACUCAGCUGUAGAAAUAAGUUGCGACAUCACUGGUGCCAAGCUGUAUUGGCCCCUUUGCCUUUCCAUUGGAUAACACUGGUGGUGUGGAGAGGGGAGGCUGGUAUGCAUGAGUGACUGCUGGUCUUCCAUAAACAACCUUGUCCGGUCUUGUGCCUCAGAGAGGAACUUUCUAGGUGCAAUCCCAUGGUCAGUAAUGACCAAAGGGGGUCUCCUCCUGUUGUUGUUGUUGUUGUAAUGUAGGCAUAAGACCUCCUAUUUUGUGGAACAAAGCAGUCAAUUAAUUUAGCCCCUAGAUUUCACUUUCUCAGAACUUAUCUUCUCAAACCUGGAAGGACGAAAGGCUAAGUUGACCCAAGCAGUGUUUGGAAUUUCAAACAUUCUAAAGAGCUGGAACUAAAUCUUGCAGGCAUUUUAUCUGGUGUCUUUGACAAUCCAGACUUUUCAAUAAUGUUUUCUGUAAUAUUCCACAAGGAUGAUGAAUGAGAGGAUAUCACAAGGACAAAUUACUACAGAGUUUAAAUAGUGUUCAUAAGUAAUGUGAUCUCUCACUGGAGUCUAUAGGUCAUGUGAUUUCUCAUUUAUCCAAUGAUGUUUUAGUAUUUAUCAUUAUUAAGGCGGUAAGCUGGUAGAAUCACUAGCAUGCAGACAAAAUGCUUAGCAACAGUUCUUUCAGCUCUUUACAUUCAUCCUCGUUUAACGUCCACUUUCCAUGCUAGCAUGGGUUGGACAAUUUGACUGAGGACUGGCGAACCAGAUGGCUACACCAGGCUCCAAUCUGAUAUGGCAGAGUUUCUACAGCUGGAUGCCCUUCCUAACGCCAAAUUUCUCUGAAGUGGACUUUGCCUUUCAUCCUUUGGGGGUAGUUAAAAUAAAUACCAGCUGAACAGUGGGAUUGGUGUAACCGGCCAGACCCACAAAAAUUCCAGGCCUUGUGCCUAUAUUAGAAUAUUUAUCUAUAAAGGUGUAUUGGUUGGUGGGGAAGGGAUCAUGCUCGUAGGAGACACCAGACUAAAUACUCUGCAGGAUUUUUAGUUUUGUCAAACCUUGGUUCUGAGUUCUAAUCCUUUUAAGUCAACUUUGUUGUUACUAACAACAUCAGUCAUGACAACACAGUAGUAACAAUAAUAGUAACAACAACAAUAGUAGCAGUAGAAGUAACAGAAGAUGCUAUCACAACAAUCAUCAUCAUCAUCAUCAUCAUCAUCAUCGUUUCCUUUCGUCAUUCCUCACCAGUGCCAGCUUUCAUCAGAAGAAUAAAAUCAAAGAAGACAGACAUCCAUAAACCAGAGAUAACCUACCAACUACUUAAAAAUCGAAAGAAAGAGAGAGAGAGAAAUCAAUAAAUUCAUUCACCAGGAGGAGUGUGGAGGCUCCAGGUUCUGACGUCACCCUUCAUUUGUCUGACAGUGAGGCAAGAAAAUAAAAGGUGGACUUGUCCCUUGAUCUGAAGGCAAGUAAAGGGUAUCUAGCCCAAGAAGCAACACCACUUUUUUUCUCUCCCUUUUCCUCAUUCGGGGACAAACUGCCAGGCAUGAAACAUUAAACCCCGUUCACUUGUUAUGGACUAAUUUUGUCAACGCUGAUCCAUCUCUAGUUUCCUUCAAUUCUGGCUUUUACUGUACUUAAAAAAACUUUGAAAUCAUAUCAUGCUGUACCAUGCCAUAUCAUAAUAUUGUUGUACUACGUGUCCAUUUGGUGACCAGCUGACCGACUGACCAAAGCCAGCAGCAGCAGGAAUAUCUUAAUGUCUUAAUUAAAAGUACUGAAGAGAGAAA